AUGGUUUUCUCAGUCAUCUGUGCGAAGCUUUGCGUCGAAAACAAAUCUGUACUUUCAAGGACGACAAACUUGAAAGAGGCGAAGAGAUCUCACCAGCCCUCAACUCAAAGGCCUGAAUCUAAAUUACUUGAGGAAAUUGUCAAUGAUGUUGGCAAGAAAUUAAAUAACCAGUUUCUAGGUAUUUAUGAUGAAGAUGGCUUUUUUGGAAUUGAUUCUCGUGUCAAGAAAGUUGAAUCAUUUUUAUGUCUUGAAUCAGAAGAUGUGCGUAUGAUAGGAAUUCGGGGAAUGGGUGGUAUAGGAAGGACAACUAUUGCUGACAAAGUAUUUAAUAGAAUUGUGAACAAAUUUGAGUGUCAAUGCUUUAUUGCAAAUGUCCAAGAAGAGCUAGAAAAGCACACUCCUGUUCAUUUGAACGAUGAAAUCCUUUGCAAAAUAUUAGGGGGAGAAGAUUUUCAUGUUGGCACACCACGUACAUUGCAUCCUUUUAUUAAUAGAAGUCUUCAAAAUAGAAGAGUUCUUAUUGUUCUCGAUGAUGUGGAAUGUUACUUGCACCUAACAGAGUUAGUAGGAGGGUGGAAUUUGUAUGGUCCAGGAAGUAGAAUCAUUGUAACAAGCAGAGAUAAGCAAGUGCUUGAAAUUGUGGACUGCGAGAAAUAUAUUUAUGAGGUUGAGAAAUUAAAUGACUGUGAAUCUCUUAAACUCUUUAGCUUGCAUGCCUUCAAACAAACUCAAUCCACAAAUGGAUACACGAAGCAGUUAUCAGAAAGAGUGAUAAGUUAUACUCAAGGAGUUCCAUUAGCCCUUAAGGUUUUAGGUUGCAGCCUUUAUGGGAAGGGUGUGAAAGAAAGGAAAAGUGAGUUGGAAAAACUUGAAACUAUUCCAAAUAAGGAAAUUCAGGGCGUUCUGAGAAGAAGUUAUGAUGGACUAGUUGAUAAUGAAAAGAAAAGUGGAAUACGAAAUCUGCUUGACAAGUCUCUCAUAACUAUUUUCAAAGAGAAGUUAGAGAUGCAUGACUUGCUAGAACAAAUGUGUCUUGAAAAGUUGAUAUUUAUGGAUCUCAGCAAAACUUUGAGAUUGCCAGAGAACUUGAGCGACUUGGAAUCUCUGGAGAACCUGAAAGCAACUGGAAGUGGGAUAAAAGAACUACCAUCUUCUAUCAAUCAGUUGAAGAAAUUGAACUACUUGAACUGUGAUGGAUGUGAAGGUUUGAUAUUGCCUCCUUUCACAGGUUUGGCCUCUCUUCGGAUGCUUUCUCUCCAGCGUUGUGAUAUAUCAGAAAUUCCCAGUAAUCUUGGCUCUUUAGAGUCGUUGGUAUAUUUAUAUUUAAGUGGAAAUAAUCUCAGAAGCUUACCUACAAGCAUCAAGAAAUGUUCUAAGUUGAAUACACUUGAUUUAAGUGAUUGCAUGAUGCUUCAAUUUUUGCCAGAGCUUCCACCAGGUUUAGCAGAGUUAGAUGCAGAAAACUGCACAUCCGUGGAAUAUGUAUUGAGAUCAUUCAUACAAGGAUAUAUGAAUUCCUGCUUGAGGAUGAAUCUUAGCAAAUGCAUUAAUUUGGAUAAAAGUGAAUGCAGUGAAUUAAUACUGCUGAAACUUCAAAGCAUGGGAGAACCAGAGGAACAAUAUCUGAACAAAAAGGUCAAUUUCUUUCCCUCUAGUGUUAUAUACGUGCAUUAUUUGAUUUAG